AUGGACCCCGCAGCCAUCCCGGUUUUUCAACCGAUGCGCCGUAUUCCGCUACCGUUGGAAGAAGCAGUUGCAAAGAAGAUAACGGAAUUGCUGAAACGUGACAUCAUUGAGCCCAAGACAGGUCCAACCAGCUGGGUAUCUCCACUUGUUAUCGUUGGGAAAGCUAACGGUGAGCCUCGAUUAUGCAUUGAUCUUCGGCGUGUGAAUGAGGCUGUUCUUCGCGAGCAUCACCCGAUGCCCGUUGUAGACGAUUACAUUGCGCGAUUGGGGAGAGGAUCCGUUUGGAGCAAACUUGAUAUUCGUGAGGCGUUUUUACAAGUGGAACUGGCAGAAGAAUGCCGGGACAUAACAACGUUCAUGACAAACAGGGAUUGA